AUGGAUGGAGCCCCUCCAAGUUACCUGCCUAACAACCCAUCCUUCUUGCAAGAUCCUUGGAAAUCUCCACAGUCUUUCAGUCCCAUUUCUAAUACCGCCUUUGAUGAAGCAGCGGAGGACAAGUCUUGCGGAGAACCGCAAGAUUUUGACUGUCCCAGGUCACCUGGAGUGGACUUGAAUAUCAAUAGUUUUAGCUUCUCGCCGGUAGACAUGGAGCCACUGACCAGUCUGUUCUCUUUCAGUACGUGUUCGUCUCCCUACAAAGAAUAUUCGGGUAAAGAUUACAAAAGUCAUGACACAAAUGAUGUGUAUGUUUCUAUGAAGCAUGCGUUAGUGCACAACAAUGGAAGUCCUGUCAAUGGCUCAGCGCCUUCACAAACAUUUGCUGGUCAGCUUUCUCCACUUGGAGCAAUGUCGCAUAAUAUUUAUAAUCAAGGCUUAAACAGAAACAUAUCUCUAGAGCCCAACAUAUGCUCAACAGUAUCUCCGGGUCAUCCUUUAUCUUCUCAAAGUGUUCCUGUAUCUUCUUCAGUUACAUGCAAUGGUUAUCCUCAAAUACAAGUAUCUGGAAGCGGAAGCGUUGGUGGAGGAAGCGGAGUAUUUUACACAGGAGACUUCACUGCAGCUCCGGCUUCUGUACAAAGUCAUGGUGCAGUUUUUCCAGCAGCCAUGAGUGUCAACUUGUCAAUGAACAUGACUAUGGGUGUACCCAGUUUUGGUGAGCACUUUGUUGGUACAGCUACGUCAUCAGUGCCUACAAAUCAUGUUCAGUGGACAGCUUCUCAUGUUCCAUCUUCACAUUAUAGUUCAAAUGGAACGCCAAUGGUAUCCAGUUAUGGGCAGCCAGUGCAAGUGCAAUACAAUCCUUCGUCUCCAACACAUCCUACUCAAGGUGCAUCUGGCACAUAUACUUUCACUGCAGAGUUUCGACCAGCAGAUUCAAUGUCAUUGCCAUCUGUGGAAAGGGAGUUUUCAAAUUGCAGCUCAGGCUUGAAAACGAUGUCAGGGUCUUUCUAUCCCUGUAAACAUCCCUCAGUAACUGUAGAAUCAAGUCAAACAAACGGUUCAGUCAUGUUUAAACCGAAGCCUCGAACUAUUCCUACUGGUCGAGCAGCAUGCUUUCCAGCUGGUCUAGCUACUGAAUCUCCUCCAAUACCAUCACCUUCACCGUUGGAUCCAGAGCCUGCUACAAUGAACGAAGAUUCGAAUUCAUCUGGGAAGUUGAAUCUUUGUCGAAUAUGUGGUAAAACUUAUGCAAGACCAAGUACACUCAAAACGCACAUGAGAACACAUUCUGGAGAGCGACCGUAUCGAUGUGCAACAUGUCAUAAAUCUUUUUCCCAGGCUGCCAAUCUAACGGCUCACAUACGCACACACAGUGGAGAAAAGCCAUUCAGGUGUCACGUCUGUGACAGAAGAUUUUCGCAGAGUUCCUCAGUUACGACUCAUAUGAGGACACAUUCUGGAGAAAGACCAUACCGUUGCUACAUGUGUAAAAAAUCUUUCUCGGAUAGUUCAACAUUGACCAAGCACCUUAGAAUUCACAGUGGUGAAAAACCGUACCAAUGUAAAUUGUGUCUUUUAAGAUUUUCACAAAGUGGGAAUUUGAAUAGACACAUGAGGGUACAUGCAGGCUCUGUCUGA